AUGUUACCCUCAUCGGUGCGGCGCGUGGUCGCUUCGGCGCCGCAGUCCCCCUUAGUCGCCUCCCUCACCACCUCCGCUCCGAGAGCGGCUACGGCGACCAUCACCCUGCAGCAGAGACCACUCGGUGGCCACCAGAGACGAUGGUCCUCCUCGAGUCCCUCGAACCCGAACAACAACGGCUCAAAGGACAUUCCUGCCCAGGGCCAGUCCGUUCAUGCCUCGACAUCAUCGAGCUCCAGCAGCAGCAGCAAGUCCAACGGCGAGAAGCGGAAACGAAAGAGCAAGGACAGCGCCGAGAGGCAGGCUGCGCAGAAGCUGCCCAGCGUGCCUAGCACACAACACCUGUCUCAAGAAGCUCUCGGGUUGUCAACCUUUUUCUCGCUGCACCGACCGAUAUCUGUGACCCACAGCAUGCCCAAGUCGGUGACGGAAGAAGCCUUCGCCGCCAUCUUCAAGCCCAGGAGCAGGGCGAACAAGGUCACCGACGUCAUCUCAACACUAUCCCGGACGACCGACGACCUCGAGGGCGCCAUGGCCAAGAUGACUAUCGGCCACCAGGAGACGGACGCGUCAGGCGAGCCCGUCCAGAAGAUCGACUUCAAGAACCCCGACGGCAGCGAGUCGAGCGUCUACGUCCAGCUCAACUCCAUGGCCGGCCAGUUCGUCCCCUUCCGCCCUCCCCCGGCCCCCGAGGCCAUGGGCGAGACCGAUGCCCACGCAACCCACGCCGCCGCCGCCGAGUCCGCCGUGGAGGACCUGUUCGACGAGACCCCCCACCACCGCGUCUACAAGGCCAUGUUCACCAUCGAGGAGACGACCGACGCCGACGGCCAGGUCCAGGUGCUCGCUCACAGCCCCAAAAUCAUGCAGGAGGGCGACGCGCCCCGCUCGUUCCUCGAGCGCAUGGCCCUGCGCCAGAUGAAGUUUGACGAGGCGCAAGGCCACGAUACCAUGCAGGCCAUCAGCGUCAAGCGUCAACGCAAGCUCAAGAUGAAGAAGAAGAAGUACAAGAAGUUGAUGAAGCGCACGCGCAACCUGCGCCGCAAGCUGGACAGAAUCUAA